AGUGAAGUGCAAUAUCUGCCUCCAAAAGGACACGACGUGGUGAAAGCGUCUGAUGAAAGCCGUUGCUCUUCGCUCAGUGGGACUUGGAAGCUCCCAGUGGCACUGACAUCAUCACUGUUCCCGGCGGUCUCAAGAGGGGGUUGAGAUUGGAAGCUGUCGCGUUGUCUUCAGGAUGUCGACCGAACGCGCAGUAAAGCUGAAGAAACCGAGCGAGCCACCAUCGCCGCGUGAGUGCGGGCCCCGGUCACGUUCGACCCCGCCCCCAGGUGGCCGUGCGACCGUCAUGCCAGCGCCGGUGGAACAUCCCAAGAUGAACACGGCCAUGUGGGGCGCCCUCAAGAAGCACAUCAUGCUACAGCGGGAAAAGAAAAAGCAGGAACAGGAGGCAGAUGCUGCCACGGAGCGAGCGCGAGGCGAGCGUGAACUGAAACGCCGCCAGGUCGCCAUGAAGCUAGAGGAGAUCCGCGACCAGCUGCAGCAGGCGCAGAAGAAGCUUCUCAUGCUCAAGGAGGAGAAGCACCAGCUCUUCGCGCAGCUCAGGAAGGUGCUGCAAGAAGAAGACGCCCGCAAACGGCCUCUUCAGAAGAAGGCCGACGAGAUGGCUGCGCUCAGCCACCCGUACCAUCAACAGCAGCCGCACAACGCCGCGAUGCAGCAGCACUCUGCCGCGGCGAGCUCACAACACCUCCGCAUCCAGCAAAUGAACCAGGCGCACGCUACGUACCAGUUGCCGCAACCUAUUCCUCAGCAACCUGGCAUCUUGCAUCGGGCACUGCUCAAUCCACAGCUGACUCCGUAUCCUCGGCCUCCGUGGCCGCAAGCCACGACAUCGUCGUAUUCCCAGCAAGCGAGGCCGCCUCAGUGGGGCUUCUGGCCCCAGCAGCCCUACGCGUACACGGCUCAGUUUCCCGACUCGACGGCGUACGGGGCUCCGAUGCUGAUGCCGGCGUACGCGCCCGGCUACGGCCCCUUCUACUGUGCGGGAACUGAGGUUCGUGGUGGUCUUGGUAGUAGCUACGACGCUGGCCCACGGUGACAUCGAAGCUACAGGCGCAGUUUCACUGAGACCAGUUUCGGUUUCAGCGAGUCUCUGAUGCUGAACUAGUUGUUCGUGCAGCUCUCACAAUAAAGGCAUUUGUGAAAAAA